AUGUUUCAACUAUAUAGUUGGAUUUCGGUUCACCCAUAUGUCUUUUGCCUCCAGCGCGAGAUCCCGGUGGCCCUUCCCCAUCAAUAUCCCGCCUGUAACCGUACCAUUGUGGUUCGCCUGGCCAAGGUGAACCCUCGGACCCCAGGUUUACCACAGAGAACGCCUGUGAUUCCAGUCCCAGACCCGAGCGCCGUGAUGCGCCUUUCCACAUUGCCCUCAACGUCCUCCCAGCCUAUGCCUUCCACACCCGACCUCCAGCACGCCAGCACGUCAGCCAGCUCCCGCCAGGGAACUCCUUCGGGCCAGAAGCAAACUGAAGUUGAAUUGGGCAUGGCGACCCCCACAGAACACACGCAUGCACAUGUAGUUCCGACACCGCAUAAGAAGUACAUUGACCUAACUCGCUCGCCAUCUCCGGUCUCACCUUGUACACGCCAAGCGGGCGCCCCUUUCCAGGUGGUCAAACGCGAAAACAUCAAAAACUCCCCUCCGCUUCCGCUUCCCCCCACUCUGUUUGACGAUGCAACCCCUCAGGGUCAAGUUUCAAGCAAUUCGAUGGCCAAUCCAGACGUGAGGGUCCCAAACCAUCGGGACCUCCAACUGGGAUGGCCAUCGAAUUCCGUGCUUGUGUCCAGUCUUCUGGCGUGGCACAACGAGGCGCAAACAAGUGACAUCCUUGCAGCUUGGAAGAACCAUUUUGGACACGAAUGGAAAAUGGUACCUUCAACAGUUUACAGGUAUCGUGCUUGGAUAAAUGAGGUCAACAAGGCAGGUCAUGACCGCUUUGCGGCCCCAUAUCAAUUUCAGCCCUCAGCGAUGGUAGGCCAGGCACGCGUCCAUUUCAGGGUUGAGUUCAAUGUGGUCGCCAAGGUAGGCAAGCUUGCGAAGGCAACCAAUGAUGAAAUCUCCGCCACCGAGAAUCCUCAUGAACGUUGA